CCCAGCAGUUCGUUCUAAGGCAUCGACGGAGCCGGACGCUCAUCGCGCUUUUGGCCUGGAAUAUUCGAUCGGGACUCGCGGUGCCCAUCGCAUCUCAAGUAAUUGUGCAAUUCGUGUGUGAGCAUAAGAGUUGCAAGAUUUACUACGCCAAAAAUAAGUCAAGUGAAAUAUAUUAAGUUCGAAAUUCCGUCUGCGGAUAAUUAAUCGUGCCUGCAUAAGAUAAGAGCUGUCUUUCGAGAUGUCAUCGAGUCGCUUAAUUUGCUUUGGCCUGCUCUUCCUGCUCGCUUUCGGCCAGGUGACGUCACAGCGCACGUCACUGGACGUGGCUCUGAAGAACGUCUACAGACCGCUGCGUCUUCUGGGCCUGGCCUUUACCGGUCGAUCUGGCGACGAUCCACAAAACGUGCAGCGCGUGCAAAUCGCGGGGAAAACGCAAAAGUCAAACCCACGAACUCGAGCCCUGCUGGAGUUCUGCGAUGUGGACCACGGACCCGGAAAGAGGAGCCCGGAGCGACCCACCAGUGUGCAUCGCUUGCGACCCGGAGACAUCGAUGUGAUCGGAGCAAUGGGCGACUCGCUGACCGCCGGAAACGGCAUCUUUGCCACAAACUUACUGCAUGUGACCGUUGAGAACAGGGGCGUUGUGUGGUCCAUUGGUGGGCAGUACGACUGGAGGAAGUACUUGACGUUGCCAAACAUCCUGAAAGAGUUCAAUCCCAACCUGUACGGCUAUGCGAUCAAGGACGGUAUCUCGACGGACCGCUCCUCGCGCUUCGAUGUCGCCGAACUGGCCGCCAUGUCCAGGGAUAUGCCGUACAUGGCCAAGGUCCUGGUUCGGCGCAUGCAACGCGAUCCGAGGGUGAACAUGACCUCCGACUGGAAGCUGGUCACCCUCUUCAUUGGCAACAACGACUUCUGCACAGACAUCUGCUACUAUCCGGAACCGGAGAAGACCGUCGACUGGCACGAGCGCAAUAUGCUGAAGACCUAUCGCUACCUCAGGGACAAUGUACCCCGUCUCAUGCUCAACAUAGUGCCCGCUCCCAAUCUCCGCUUCCUGACCAACCUCACUGGUCUGCCGCCUAUCUGCUAUAGUACCCUGCGCUUCGAGUGUCCCUGUCUGAUGGGCAAGGGUAAGGGCCAGCUGGAUUAUCUGGAGGGCAUCAUGAAGCGCUGGAUAGCCAAGGACUUUGAGAUUGCCAACAGAGAGGAGUUCAACACCGAGACAUUUACGAUAAAUGUACAGCCCUUCUCGCAGUUCCAGGACUUCCCACGCACUCGCUCCGGGCAGACGGAUACCCGUUUCUUCUCGGAGGACUGCUUCCAUCUCAGCCAGCGAGGACAUGCGGCGGCGGCCAACUCCAUAUGGAACAAUAUGCUGGAGCUGCCCGGGGAGAAGAGCGGAUUCGCCACCCAUCUGUUCGAGACCUUCCGCUGUCCCAGCGAGAUGCGCCCGUUCCUGAUCACCCGGGAGAACAGUCGUCCGGAGUUCGUGAUCUAAUCCAAAAAAUAGUGGGGCCCGUUCUCCUCCGUGAAUUACUCCCUGUGAUAUCGCACCUAAGUCUUCUUCGCUAGCUUGCCUGUGUAUUUGUAGUCCUAAUUAGGCGUAUGCCAAGUGUAAAUACAAAACUUCGACGAGAAUCAGAAAGUCAAAUAAAA